AUAUAUAGGUUGGACCACCAGCUGGGUCCAUUGACUGGGAUUUUUUUCUUUCACGUUUCAUUGAGAUGUGAAAGAAAUAUUGGAUCGACUUUUUCACCUGAAGAUCACACCGCGGAUGUUCAGUUUUCGCGAGCGUGUUCCAAAGAAUGCACACAAAUGCUGUGCUUUAUAUUAGUUUAUUUUAUUGGUUAUUUUAUGGACGCCAUGGCGAUUGAUGGUGCAACAAAUUACCCCAAGAAGCCCAAUAUUGUUAUCUUAAUGGCAGACGAUUUGGGUUUUGAUGAUGUGAGUUUUCGCGGUUCAUCGCAGAUUCUAACGCCCAACAUUGACGCCAUUGGUUACCAAGGGGUCAUCUUGAACAGGCACUACGUCCCGAAUCUCUGUACCCCAUCGCGAGCAGCCCUCCUGACGGGAAGGUACCCCAUUAACAUUGGAAUGCAGCACAAUGUUAUUGCUAAUUGUGAUCCCCACGGAUUGCCGCUGAAUUUGCGGAUUUUACCUCAAUACCUCAAAGAAGCCGGCUACAGGACUCACCUGGUGGGAAAGUGGCAUUUAGGGUUCUCCAGGAAGGCCUACAUUCCAACAAGAAGGGGGUUUGAUGAAUUCUUUGGCUUCUACACUAGUGGCAUGGAGUACUUUGAAAAUGUCGAUUCAGUACGAAACUAUACAGGGCAUGCUUUAAGGAGAAAUGAGACUGUAUCAAAUGAAGGACGAGGUGUUUACUUGACGCACGUCCUUUCAGACGAAGCUGUAAGGAUUGUUAGAAACCACAAUGUUGGCAUUCCUUUAUUCCUCUUGGUUACCUACAAUGCACCACAUACAUCCGUUAAACCCGAUCCAGAAUCUCUUGAGGCUCCAAAGGAAGAGAUGGAUAAAUUGAUGUACAUAGCAGAUCCCGAAGUUAGAGCUCAUGCUGCAAUGGUAACAACUUUAGAUAAGGGAAUAGGGAAGAUUAUUGCGGAAUUAGGCCAGAAGAAGAUGCUAAAUGACUCCAUUGUUAUUUUCUAUUCGGACAAUGGAGCUCCAACUAAAGGGCUGUUCUCAACGAGAGGAACUAACUUCCCACUAAAAGGUCAAAAGGACACAAUGUGGGAGGGAGGAAGUCGCGUUGUAGCAACUCUCUGGAGUUCAGCAUUGGAAGUUAGGCACAUUGUGUCGAAUCAUUUAAUCUACAACGCAGACUGGUUGCCAACCUUCCUAGCACUGGCCGGUGUUAAGGCACCUCCAGAUCUCGAUGGGUUCAACAUCUGGCCAACAUUGACGCUAAAUCUUCCCAGUCCAAGGACAGAAAUCAUUCACAGCAUUAAUACUGCGCAUGGGGUCAGUUCGCUCUACUACAGGGGGUGGAAGUACGUCAAUGGCUCAACGCAUAGAGGCUUGUAUGACACCUGGCUGGGAUCAGCUGCAAAACAAACUAACCCUCUUGCGUCAAAGUAUGUGGAUAUUGUUAGAGGAAGUCCAGCAUGGAAAGCUUUUGCUCCAUUUGCACUGAAACACUUGAAGAAAAAGAAGAUAAAGAAGAUCAGGAAGAAAGCAAGGAUUGAGUGCCAAGAGAAGCUUCCCUAUGCAACGGAAUGUACACCACUAAAGGAGCCAUGUUUAUUUCGCAUUGAUGAGGAUGAGUGUGAAAUAAAUAACCUGGCAAGAGCCUAUCCACACAAGGCGCACCUCCUGGCGAACAUUGUUGAAGGAUACAGAGCUAAAAUGGUGGAUCCUGUCAAUGAGCCUGCAGACUAUGAAGGUUGUGAUCCAGCAAAACACAAUGGCGUCUUCACCUGGUGGCUUGAUGUGGAUAAAUCAUCGAACAAAUGAAAAUUUCAGUGAUUGUUUACUUUACAAAAAGAUUUUUUUUUAAUAUAAAGUGUUUUAAAAGUAAAAAAUUCAUUUUUAAUAAAUUUGAAAAA